AUAAAUAUUAACACUUUCCAUGAUUAACUUAUAUCCAUUUUAAAAGAAAAAGAAGAAGCUUGGUCGCAGUCCAGCAAAGGGGCAGUGUCUUUUUUUCUUCUCGCAUUGCCCCACCUUCUUCAUUCUUUGACGCGGCUCUGCACUUUUGUUUAGUGUUUGACGAAGCCCCAUCAAUUUACGCGUCACCUUGUUUCUUCUUGUUUUGUGCGCAUCACGUGCCCAAAUUUAGCUUCUUAGCACGCCUUUAAACCCAAAUGUCUCUCUCUUUGGGUCUCCUUCUUGCCUGUUUUUGAAGCAAAUCGGCAGCUACUCCGCUUACUGUACAAACAGGGUUCACGGUUUUGAGCUGAAAUCUGACCUCUGUUUUUUUUUUUUUUUUUUUUUGUCCCAUGGCGGAAAAUAUCUGUUUCUUCAACAAGGAUACGUUGAUUCUAAAACCUCCAAAGAAAUCUCCUCUGCUGUUGAGAAUGGCAGUUUUGAUGUUUGCAAUGGUCUGUAGUGUUUAUAUAUGCUCAAUCUGUGUGAAGCAGUUAAAUACUCACACCAGGGCGAGAUUCCUGAGGGUUCGAAUCGCUGACUGUCCAGAGCUGAGUAUUGGACUAACAAAAGUUCCUCGUGAGCAUUAUCCAAGACCCAAAACUUUUAGCAGGGCUGAAUGCUUCAACAAUCCAGUAAGAUUCUUUGCUAUUGUUUCGAUGCAGAGGUCAGGAAGUGGAUGGUUUGAGAGUCUUCUGAACAGUCAUGUUAAUGUAAGCUCUAAUGGAGAGGUGUUUUCGGUUUUGGAUCGGCGUAGAAAUAUUACCACAAUAGUACAGACUCUGGAUAGGAUUUACAAUUUGGACUGGCUCAAUAGUGCUUCUAAGAACCAAUGUUCUGCAGCAGUUGGCUUCAAGUGGAUGCUUAAUCAGGGACUGAUGCAGCAUCAUGAAGAGAUAGCAGAGUACUUCAACCGUAGAGGUGUUUCCACAAUCUUUCUCUUCCGAAGAAACCUUCUACGUCGUGUUGUUUCAGUUCUCGCAAAUUCAUACGACCGUUAUGCUAAGAUGUUGAACGGAACCCACAAAUCACAUGUGCAUUCUCUAGAAGAGGCCAAUGCACUUUCCAAGUACAAACCUGUAAUAAAUUCGACAUCAUUGAUCUCUGAGCUGGAGGGAAUGGAGGCAACAAUUUCUAAGUCCUUGGAGUAUUUUGGUAACACAAGGCACCUCAUUUUGUACUAUGAGGACAUAAUCAAUAAUCGAACGAAACUGAAAGAUGUACAAGAGUUUCUUAACCUGCCACCAAUGGAACUUAAAAGUCGCCAAGUUAAGAUUCACAAAGGACAUUUGUCUGAUCACAUCAAGAACUGGGAAGAUGUUAAGGCGACUCUUAACGGAACUGUUUACGAGCAUCUUCUUCAUGCAGAUUACUAAGCUAUGUAUCGUAUUUUUUGCUCGACUUUUGAGAGGGGUUCGGAAAGGAGAAUGCCCUGUCAGUUCUUCUCUUAAUAACAAAUAAGCUAAACCAGUUUGAGUAGUGUUUGGCUGAUGUUCUUUGGAGUGUUCUGAGUGUUUCUCUUGCGUAUCAAUCAACCUUCAUUGAUUGAAGGCUAACCCCCUUUUUUGGUUUAUACUAUUGUUUGACCAAACUAAAUUGUAAAUGUAAACUAACUGUUGUGAUAGUGUUAUUGUUUUAUUCAUAUGCAAAAGUAUGAGCUUUUCUUGUGUGGCCUAAA